AUGCCAUCAACAGCAGAUUUAACAGAGAUGCAAUGGUCAAGUGGUCUUUGUGAUUGCUUUGAUGAUCCCAUGAACUGUGUGGCUACUUGUUUUUUCGCUUGCCUCACCAUGAGGGAGAAUGCUGAGAUUAUAUCAAAAGGAGAAACAUCUUGUAUAGCAGCGACCACAAUUUACUUCUUGCUGUGCUCAAUAGGGUGCCAAGCUGGUUAUGGAUUUCUUUACAAAUCAAAACUGAGAAAAUUAUCAGGUUUGCCAAAGGAAGCAUGCAAAGAUAAUGUAGUGCAUAGUUGUUGCAGUUUUUGUGCAAUUUCCCAAGAGCAUAGAGAACUUAAACUGCAUGGAGCUGAUCCCACCAUUGACAUCGAUUCUGAUCCUUCCGCUGCCUCAUCUCUUCCCUCUAAUGUUGCGAUCUCCAACAACCCCUGUCGUAAUGCUUGA